AUGGCUUUCGAACACCGUGUACUUCUUCCGCUGAUCAUCUUCUUCUGUAUCCAAACCCUGCAUGGAGAUGCUGUUCCCAUAACACCGUGGGAUCUGAAGAGACGGCCUUGUCACGAGAACAGUGAGCGGAAGGAAGCUAAUUGUGAUGAAAGAAGUUUGGAUUCUGUUCCCCAAAAUCUUCCUGAAAAUACUGAAGUUCUGAAGCUGAGGUCCAACAAACUCACCUCUCUCUUAAACUCUACAUUUAAAAGAUACCCGCUCCUUACCAAAUUGGAUAUUGCCCAUAACGACAUCAGGAUGAUUGAAUCUAGGACAUUUUACCCUCUCAAGGAAUUGCAGGACAUUGAUAUGUCUUUCAACCUUCAUCUUGUGCUUCCCGACACAGGGCUCUUCAGGUGGGCUAAGAAGCUGUCUGUUCUAGAGUUAUGGUCUUCAAACUUGAUAUCACUCCCCAACGAUACGCUAAAAUGGAGCCCGCAUUUAGAAAGUGUACAACUGAACUACAACCGUCUUACUUUCAUCAACAUCAGUAGCUGUGGCAGGGUUAAGCGUGUUUACUUGUCUACAAAUAAUCUUACGCACAUCACCCAGAAAGCUUUCUAUUUUUCAUGUCAUAGUGAGACUUUGGAUCUAACUGAUAACCUCAUCCUAUCAGUCGAUCCCAAUGUGAUCGCAUCAUUGCAUGUCAGGUCACUGCGGGUCGGGUUCGUUUCUCUGUCAUUCGAGGUGUUGAGAAAUAUAUUUAUUGGCGUAUCACGGUCGAAUAUAGAGCAAUUAGAAAUCACCUAUUGCUUUACUUUGAGUGAAUUUCCAAGAGAUUUCUUUGAUCCGCUGCAGGGUCAUUCUCUUUCAGUGCUUGACUUAUCUGGGAAUGUUAUGCCCACCCUCUAUCCAUUCGUCUUCUCGAAUUUGACGCGUACUAGAUUACUGGAUAUCAGUGGCAACAGGAUCGAAACGAUCGAACCAGAUUUUUUUGAAAACAUGCAGGAUAUCAGGGUUUUGAAAUUGCAAAGCAAUAGAAUAAACAAAAUAAACACCAACAAUUGUCCAUGGAAAAUAGGCUUAACUGAUUUGGAUCUAUCCGACAAUGUUUUGACUACAGUUUCCCGAUUCACUUUUCUCGGUUUGCAAAAUUUAACGUUUUUAGACAUGCACUCAAACAUACUCCUUACAACCCUAGAAAUGGCAUCAUUUAUGGGACUAGAACAAAUUGAAACUAUAAAUUUGUCACUAUGUAAUAUCGUUAAUGUUGAAUUGGUCACUCUGAGCUUAAAAUCUCUUUUCCUUAAAAAUAACCCAACGAUGUUUUUAAUGCCUGUAACUUCCUUCGAAAGUCUACAGUCACUUGUGUAUUUGAACCUCAGGAAGACCGGGCUUGAUAGCAUUCGUCUUUGGAAUUUUUUUACAAAUAUCUCUCUUUUCGAUGGACUGUUUAGUCUGACGACUUUGGAUCUGAGUGAAAAUUCAAUCGGCUCAAUAUAUGAUAGUGCAGAUUAUUUAUCACCUUGGGUAUUUAAACCACUGUCUGCUCUACAAAAUCUCAGUUUGGAAGACUGUCAAAUUUCAUUUCUUAAUCCAUUAGCCUUUGAGGCGUUAAAAUUCCUUCGGGUGCUGAACUUAAGGGGAAACAAAAUAAAGCAACUUUCUAUUGACAUAUUCAAAAAUUUUGGACAAAUGACAAACAUUGAUCUACAUAAUAACCGUUUGACAUACCUCGAUAAAAACCUGUUUUUGAACAAUAGCAGGCUGACAACACUUUUGUUAUCAGAAAACAAAUUAACAAGACUCAACCAAAGUACUUUCAAACUGAUUGGGCCUUCUCUUACAUCAGUAGAUCUUUCAGGGAACCCGAUAGACUGCAACUGUGAACUAAGUUGGCUUCUUGCCUGGAUUAGCGGACCACUUGUACUCAUGAACAAGAAUAAAACUAUUUGUUCAUCAGCGUCUUUAGAGCGUCUUCGCGAUAAACCGCUGUUUGAUUUUGACUCAAAAACGGUUUGUAGCCCUAACAUUGCCCUCUAUUCUCUGACUUCCCUCGCCAUCAUGUCCUUCGUUGUCAUUGUCGUACUGGUCUUUCACUAUCGAUGGCAGUUGAGGUACAAACUCUUUCUCUUGAAAUUAGCAGCCGUUGGGUAUAACGAGAUGCGAGACGCUCGAGACCCCAAUGAUUAUGAGUUCGACAUGAAUGUCAUCUUUUACGACGAUGACGAAGAGUGGGCUCGCGAACAUCUUCUACCAACUCUCGAAGAAAGAAUCCCGCAGUUUCAGAGGAACGUCUUUGGUGACGAAGACCUCGUGCCGGGUAUGCAUUACUUGGAUGCGAUUGACUACGUGGUGAGCCGGAGUUACAAGACCGUCAUUCUACUAAGCAGAGCCGCCGUGCGCGAUCGUUGGUUCAUGCUCAAGUUCCGCACCGCGAUGGACCAUGUGAGUGACACUCAGACUGAGUUCGUAGUCGCUGUCUUCAUCGAAGACAUCCAAGAUGAUGAGAUACCUUUCUUGGCGAGGUUGUAUCUCAGUGACGGCAGACCCUACCUUCAUUGGACUGAGGACGUGAGGGGACAGGAAUAUUUCUUUAAUCAAUUGACGAAAUAUCUAACGAUUAAUCUCAGAACCAAUGACUUGAUCCCUAACGAGUAGAAGAAUGUGACAAUAUGGGCUGUUGGUGGUAAGCAGGGGUAGCCUCAAUAUCGUUAUGAGCUGCAAUAUUAGAAAUUUAAAAUAAAAACAAAAAAUCGGAGAGUGCAACGACAUAAUAUUCUUUGAGCAAUUCCUUUUCCUAUAUACCUCGUCUUUGAAGGGCAAGACAUAGCAUAUUGAGAAUUUUCGUAUGAAUACAAAUGUACCACCUGAUUCUAUAAAUGCUUUCUACUACGACAUGGUCUAACACAUUGUCGUACGAUAUGCUGAUCCCUUUGGGUCUGCGACAGUGACCUAAACAUACUCAGUAAUCCUAGAGGUAUUACUAGGGUGAUCACAC